ACAAGGGCGGAAGAACUGAUUUCAGUGACACCGGGGGCCUUCCCCCCGGCACAGCUGGUGUUGCGACGACAGGAAGAAGGGUGGAGAGGAAGGUCUUAGAACCGGUCCCGGGGCCCCGAGCGAGGGGCAUAGGAGCACCUGCACCCUUGCAGGAGGAAGGAGGGCGAGGCGCCAGCGGCUGCACAUCUGGACCGGCUGAUGACUGGGACGGCUGGGGGGGCUUGCACAUCUGGGUCCCGCUCGGGGCGCGGGCCGCUGGGUCCACUGCAACUCCAGAGCGGCUGAUGCGCUGGAGCAGAGGGAGGGGCUGCACAGCUGCGGCGCCGGGACGAUCCCGGGGGCGGAAUAGACAGCCGAGCGAGAGCCGGGAUCACACUAGCUCGGAGCCAGGGCUUGCCCAGCUGACCAGGCGGGGGCCCGCGGCGUGAGCGGUUGGGGACCGCUCUCCACCUCACUUCGAGAGGCCAUCCAUUCCCACCCUGCCGAGAUGCCGGAAGAAAACAUCUUUCUGUUCGUGCCCAACCUCAUUGGCUAUGCCCGGAUCCUCUUCGCCUUCAUUUCUUUCUACUUCAUGCCCAGCUGUCCUUUGACAGCCUCCUCCUUCUACCUGCUUAGUGGGCUCUUGGAUGCCUUCGAUGGACAUGCGGCCAGAGCCCUGAAUCAAGGGACACGGUUUGGGGCAAUGCUGGACAUGCUGACUGAUCGAUGUUCUACUAUGUGUCUGCUGGUAAACCUAGCUCUGCUGUACCCUCGGGCCACCCUGCUCUUUCAGCUCAGCAUGAGCCUGGAUGUUGCCAGCCAUUGGCUGCACCUACACAGCUCAGUGGUCCAAGGUAGCGCAAGCCACAAAACCAUUGACCUGACAGGGAAUCCUAUCCUUCGACUCUACUAUACUUCCCGGCCAGUGCUAUUCAUCAUGUGUGCUGGGAAUGAAAUUUUCUACUGUCUGCUUUACUUGCUCAGUUUCUCAGAGGGACCCUCAGUGGGUUCAAUAGGUCUGUUCCGAGUGGGACUCUGGGUCUCUGCUCCUAUUGCUUUCCUCAAGUCCCUCAUCAGUGUUGUCCACUUGGUCACUGCUGCACGCAAUAUGGCUGCCCUGGAUGCUGCUGAUCGUGCGAAAAAGGAAUAGCCCUGAUGUCUUCUCUGCCUCCAGCAAACUUCCUGCCCCGUUCCUCUCCACCAUGCCUUGCCCACCAUCCACCAUGGUGCUGUUAUGCCCUCCCCCAAUGAGGUCAGCCUUUUAUAUAGCAUAAGGCAUAUCCUCCACAGUGCUGUGUUCCUUCCACUCCCACCUCAUGCUGUCAGAACCUCUUCAAGGAUGUCACUAUUCUUUAUUCCCACUCCCACAUGGUGUUACUUUCCUUCGAUGAGGGUAGAACCCAGACAUCAGAUGAGGGUUCUCUUUGUGGAGGCAAUGAUGAAGUCCCAGCCACAGGAGAUGAGGCCAUGGCCUCCAUGACUUGGGGAUAGCCAUAGUCCAAGGGUGACUAGGCUCCUUGAGAGAAGGUAUGGAGGCACAGAGGUGUGUCCUUGCACUGAACCAGGCAAGGGGGCUGUUGUUCCAGUCCCAGAAGAUGGUGUGACCCAUGCAAGUUAGCAUGGUGCUGCUGUGUUUGAGGGAGAUGGUGUGGGGGCUGGCUCUCCACUAGGGGCCAAACUCCUCUCCUGGUCUGAAUAUGUCUGGAAUUGGAGGAGUCUGCCCAGGAGGGAAGGAGGCUCUCUGGAUCCUUCCCUGUCGUACUGUGUCUCAUGAUGUGUAAUCUGGCCUUGAGGCCUUGAUGAUAAAGGAGGAAACUUCACAAUCAGAA